AUGUCUGAAUACAACCAGGGUUUCUCCGCUGAUCAGCUACGAGCCAUCGACAUCGCCGCCCGGAUAUCAUCAUGUCUGUCCAUUUCAGGCUCGUCCUUCACGAUAAUCAGCUUCCUCAGUUACCCGCCGCUCCGGAAACCUGUCAACCGUCUUGCGUUUUCCAUUGCCGUCGCCAAUGUCUUUGCAUGUUCGGCGUAUAGUUGGGGUAUUCAUCCGAUCAAGGCUGGGAGGAAUUCUGCAUGGUGUCAAACGCAGGGCUUUUUUAUCAAUUGGUUUGUUAUGACCGAUCCGUUACUUGUUAUGAUUAUGGCGUUCAAUGUUCUUCUCACCGUCCGGACGAAAAGAAAUGCUACCGAGCUGAAAAGAGUCGACGUGUAUGCGAUAUUACUGGCCUUUGUUCUGCCGUUUAUCCCGGCUUUGGUUUUUCUGUGCUGGAGGCCCGAUGGGAAGUCCGUCUACGGGCCGGCGACCAUGUGGUGCUGGAUAGCCAAAGAAUCGCAGAUUUUGCGACUGGUGGCCUUUUAUGUGCCGAUCUGGUGCUUUAUCCUGAUCGCCAUCUUCCUCUUUGCUCUGAGCGGCAAACAAAUCCUGCUCGUCCGCCACAAGGUCAAAUCUGCCAAAGCCGAAUGCGCUCUGCACCGGGACGAGCCAGACCCUGAGGGCAACGCACCUCAACGGGACAGGCGGUUUUCAUCCUUCGCGCGAGGCUUCAUGUCUGCUGCAGCGACAAGGAGGAAUUCAAUCCGGACAGACGUUUCCGGCGCCGCCGCGAACACUCACCACAGCCGCUUGAGUGACCCGGAUCCAGAGCCGUCGUUGCCGGAGUUCAACGGCUUCGAACCGCUGGCGCCCGUCCACUCACGCGAAGUGCUGGACCUGGAGUCCCAGAACGCGUCGUCGCACGAGUUCUCCAUCUUUGCGACGCCGGGCUCUCCGACCAUGACCCUCGGCAGGUCCGGCUCCGACCAGACGAUGCUGCGCGGGCCGGACCAAUUCUCGCCACGAAAGUCGUCGUCGCGGUUCGACAGGAUCCAUUGGAAGUACGCGAAGUUCGCGUUUUUGUGUACUAUUGUUCUAUUCAUUACGUGGGUCCCCAUAAGCGUCAACAGGGUGUACAACAACUUCAUCUCGCCCGACCGCCAGAUCUACGGUCUAUAUCUGACGUCGGCGGCGUGCAUCCCGCUGCACGGCUUCGGGAACUUUGUCAUCUACAUCACCACCAGCUGGGCUGAGUGCAAGGACUUCCUGACCUGCUCGGCCCACCGCACUUCGCGGCGGCCGUCGUCCAUUGCCGUGACCGCCGUGACCGCCGUGACUGCUGCAGCGGCAGCCGUGACUGUCGCCGGGGCGGAAGUAGGAGAGAACCAGAGCGCGAAGAAGAAGAAAAAGGUCGGAUUUAUACGGAACCCGACACCGACGACGAUGCUUAGAGCGUGGGCAGCGCGCGGGAGGGAGAUGUGGGCGAGACGCCGGUUCCGGCUCGCAGUGCUGAACGACACAUAA